AUUAUUUAAUUUCCAUAGACAGUCGGAAGUCGGAACAGUAUUAUCAAUUUUAAUUAACUGUAAUUAACGAGUCAAAUUAUUUCUUUUGCCAAAAAUAUAUGAAUGUAUCGCUGUGAUUUAGAUUCACCUUUAUCAUUUUACCUUUCAACCGUUGUUGGUCUUCAUUCUUCUGCGUUUUUAGUUUCAGAGAGAGAGAGAGAGGGGGAGAGGGGCGAAAUAGAUACAGUUAUACAUACAUAUACAUAUAGAGAGAGAGUAGAGAGAGAGAGAGAGAUGCGAUUCAGAGGCUGUUACUCUGAUCUGGUAUCUUAUGGAUAUAUUAUAUGGAUUAUGUUGGUGAGCUACUGGAUGAUUGCAGUGAGAGCUUCGAUCCAUGAAUACAAGAACGAAGCCUUCAUUCCUCGCUUCAAUUCCUUCUUCUUCCACGGCGGUAGUGAGGGACUCUAUGCUUCCAAGGUCCAUGACACUUCCAAAAACACUUCCGAAGAUAAACCUCUCAAUGGCAAAUCAUUUAUCAGGUUUGACUCAAUCACGUUCCGAAGAACAAAAGAGGCCACCAAUAAGCAGAACGAAAUGCAGCAAAACACUGGAUUGGUUGAAGCUAUAAUAGUAGAGGUCAGAGACAGAGAUAAGAUUGGGGGCUCUUAUUUGAAUUCUGAUGCGAUAUGCUGCACUCCAGCUCUUGCCAAUGAUGGAUCCUGCAAGGUAGGAGAGGUUAUUAUCCGCCAAGACCCGGAUAACCCUGACUGGCCAAAACGGAUUCCAGCUUUCUUCCAAGGGAAAAGUGAAGAGGCUAACAUGAUGAUUCAAACUGUUGAGAUUAAUAGCACAGGAAUGUACUAUCUGUAUUUUAUGUUCUGUAAUCCAGAACUCAAAGGCACAUUAAUCAGUGGAAGAACUGUUUGGAGAAACCCAGAAGGUUAUCUACCUGGGAAGAUGGCACCACUUAUGACAUUUUAUGGCUUCAUGUCUCUAGCUUACCUUGUUCUUGGUCUCCUAUGGUUUCUUCGCUUUGUACAAUAUUGGAAGGAUAUAAUACAAUUGCACUACCACAUCACUGCCGUAAUUGGUCUAGGAAUGUGUGAAAUGGCUCUAUGGUAUUUUGAAUAUGCAAAUUUCAAUUCAAGUGGAAGCAGACCAAUGGGAAUUACUAUAUGGGCAGUUACCUUCAGUGCUGUCAAGAAGACUGUCUCGCGCCUUCUUCUCUUAGUGGUUUCAAUGGGAUAUGGUAUUGUGCGGCCUACUCUUGGUGGUAUAACUUCGAAGGUACUUCUUCUUGGUUUGAUAUAUUUUGUGGCUUCUGAAGCUCUUGAGCUUGUUGAACAUUUGGGGAACAUCAAUGACUUUUCUGGAAAAGCAAGGCUCUUUCUGGUUCUACCUGUUGCUUUAUUGGAUGCCUGCUUUAUUCUUUGGAUCUUUUCAUCAUUAUCUAAAACAUUGGAAAAACUCCAGAUUCGGAGAAGCAUGGCCAAACUUGAGCUCUACAGAAAGUUUACCAAUUCUCUCGCUGUAUCAGUGCUGCUCUCUGUUGCCUGGAUUGGCUAUGAGUUGUACUUUAAUGCAACCGACCCAUUGAGUGAAUUGUGGCGAUUAGCCUGGAUCAUCCCUGCUUUCUGGACUUCGCUGGCAUACUUACUCUUGGCGGUGAUAUGUGUUCUUUGGGCUCCUUCACAUAACCCAACUAGGUACGCGUACUCGGAGGAAACAGGUGAUGACCUUGAGGAGGAGGGUAUAUCGCUUACGGGCAGUGGGGUAAAGGUGGCUGGAGAUCUAGCAACCAUGGUGGAAAGAAAAGAAAGGAAGGUUUCGCUUGCAGCAGAUCAUGUGUUUGGGCUCGGAGAAGAUCUUGAGGAGGACAAGAGGGAAUGAAGUCACAUUUCUACGCAUAUGCCGUUGAAUCAUAGCUUUGAAGGUGGGUUCAGGAGUGAUAAAAAAGGUAAAAAAAUGCAAUAAGAUGCUUAAAUUGCAAAUCAAUAGCCCCACGUUUAGCUGCCCCUACCAUACAUACUCUUCCAGGUUCUGGCAAGUGGGCUAAAUUUCAGUGAGAAAUGGGAUUGAUGUGGGUAAGAAGCAAAAAGGGUCUAUCUUGAUAGGUGAUUUGACCAAUUUGUAGUUAGUGGUAGUCACAUUAUUGUGGACAAAUAGUUAAUAGUGUUUAGGAAAGCUUAGAAGGUUUCGCUUUCUCUCUCCUCCCCCCUCCUCUCUACGAAAUUAAGAGGUAGAACUACAAACAUGCUGAAGUCAUUCAAAAAUUAAACUCACAUUUUUUUUUAAUCAAUUUUUCCUUUGUUUAUUA